ACUACUACAACCAACUAUGCCCUUUCAUGGGUAGCAGCAAAUAGCGCCACGGUGUAAUAUUUAGCUACCCUGAUUCUGAGUGAGACUCUCAGACAGCAUUUUGUGCUGUAGGCCCAAUAAUGUAAUCCUAAAGAGGGAUUUUGUCCCACCAGACAUUGUGACCCCUCACUUUUCUCUCUCUCUCUCGCUCGCUCUCUCUCUCGUACUAAGUGCACUAAUACCUCUCUAUAUUUGACAGGCUUAAGGCAUCAGGGUUUACUGUAAGUCUCUUCAUAUCAUGACUUGCCUAGUUAAAUAAAGGUUAAAUAAAAAAAAUAAAAACAUCUCUCUGAUAUGUCUCGGUCUGCUGCUAGGCAGCUGACUAGGCCAGAGGAGGGAGAGUUGGCCCAUCCCCUAGUUAUUAUUAUGAUUAAUGUCCAAACUGCUUGGGAAAUGGGUCAAGGCGCAGGCUACUGUAGAGAUAUGGGAUGGCCUGCUUACCUUCCAGCUUACACUGGCAAAUAUGUAAUAUCUGUGGAUUUGCAAUGCAGGAGAGUGGUUUUUAAUAACAUCCUCUGCAUGUUGAUAUUUUCCCAUGGUGCAUCAUCAGCGGAGGAGCUCAGUGGAGCUGCAGGCAGAUGUGUGGGAUGAUGAUGAUCAUUGCUAUGAUUCAUCUCUCUAUUUUUAGGACAUAUAAUGAUGCGCAUUGUUAUUAGUUAAUAAUAAUUUCCAAAAUGAUGGAUGACGUGAGUGUGUGUGUGUUUGCGUUGCGCUUGUCAUUGCGUGUCCCACUUUUGUAAGCGUGUGCACUUGCAUGUGUGUGUGGUGUGGUUCUGUCUCUAGAAACAUGAGAUGAUUGAUGGAGGCCUUGUUGAUGCCACUUCCUGUAGUCAAAUCAAAUCAAAUGUAUUUAUAUAGCCCUUCGUACAUCAGCUGAUAUCUCAAAGUGCUGUACAGAAACCCAGCCUAAAACCCCGAACAGCAAGCAAUGCUUCCUGUAGUCAAGUGUUUUACCUUGCUUGUUGUUACCACAGAUUUUUUACCAAAUCAACUCCUAGUCACUUACCUUACCUACUUCACAUAGAGACCUAAAAACAUUGGAUAGGUAUUAGCAAAAUUAAUUCCAAGAGUAAUUCCACCAAGUUGCUUAUAUCUAUCCACUCCUUUCACAUCAACUACAAUGCCUUGUGGUAGGGGCUAGGAUUCACUUUGGAAUUUGGUCUGAGGGUCCCUCUGAGUCUUGUGAGAGCUUUGUGGUUAACUGUUCUUGUUUCCUGGAAUGCACCAAUUUGUCAACUUCCCUCUUACAUGUUGAAUAUUUAGCAGGGUAAGUCUACUUCCAAUUCAGUGUACCUGUGUUAUAGUUCUACUGUAGAAAAGGCCAAUGGAGUUGGUGGAAUACUCCUUUAAUUCAUUGCCAUUUACUCAGCUGGGCCAGGGGCGCUUUAAUUAGGUCAGGUGGAAAUGUCCGACAGAUCUCAACUCCAUAAAAGGAGGAAAUUGCCAUCGCCUGAUCUCACUGCUUUCUCUUCCUUAACUCCAUCUCAUCCAGAAGUUCUGUGCGUCCAUGAAUCCACCCCCAGUCGUAUGACGCGGUGGAGCCCUUGGACUUGGAGGAGUUUCUGAUGUCACAGCUGCAGGGCGGAGACGCCGCCCUCAUGCGGGAGCUCGGAGAUUUCCCUGACGACGACCUGGAAGUAGAACAUGUGGAGAAGGAGUGUCGGACCGUACGCCACUCUGUACCCGAUGAGGGGGUAGAGUUGGAUUUCCAUGUGAGGGACUGUGUUCAGAGUUACACCCAGCCCUGGCUGAUGGUCAGCAGGAGGUGCCAGGGAGAUGGUUGGAGUGCAUAUUCCGAGCGGACAAGUAUACACAAAACUCUGCAGAAACAGACUUUUGAAUCCGACCUCCAGCCAGAGAAACAAGAGACACGGGUGAAGUCCCCCUCCCUGGCGGUACUGAGUGAUGACUCCGGCAGGACCCUGACCUCCUCUGACUUUGACCUCCGCUCUGGUCUGACCCCUGACCCCAGAGUGGACGGGCUACUACGCUUCAGUAACCAUGAUGACCUGGACAGGUUCAACCUGGAAGCCCGGCAGGGGAACCGCCACGCAGACCUGUUCGCCUUGUACCCACCCACCGACGAGGAUGAUGCAGUGGAGAUCCGGCCUAUUCCCGACUGUCCCAAAGAGCACAUGGGAGACAGGAUCAUCAUCCGGUGCCAGGCCAUCAGGUUUGAGAUUGAUGUGGAACCACUGUUUGCCACCUUGGCUCUGUACGACCUGAGAGAGAAGAAAAAGAUAUCCGAGAACUUCUACUGUGAUCUGAACUCGGAUCAGUUUAAAGGGUUCCUGAAACCCCACACGCCACAGACGGACCACUCCACCCUCUCCCGAGCAGCCAUCUUCUCCAUCACAUACCCCUCCCCAGAUAUCUACCUGGUCAUCAAGAUAGAGAAGGUGCUGCAGCAGGGGGAGAUCAGUGACUGUGCUGAACCGUACAUGGUCAUGAAGGAGAGUGACUCAGCGAAGAAUAAGGAGAAGUUGGAGAAGCUGCGCAGCCAGUCAGAGACGUUCUGUCAGAGACUGGGUCGCUACCGUAUGCCCUUCGCCUGGGCCACGGUCAACAUCAUGAACGUCAUCAGCACCGCCACGCUGGACCGGGACACCACCGACUCUGACAGCCUCAAUGGUAAAUCCAGCAGUCUGGAUAAGAGAGGCCAGCUGCCCAGGAGGAACUCUGAGAGGUUCGCUACCAUGGAAGACCAGUGUAACAUGUCUGCCUUCAAACCUGCUACCAUCACCAUCAGCACCUUCUGCAAGCAGGAAGGGGACCGUCUGAGUGAUGAGGACUUGUUCAAGUUCCUGGCAGACAUCAAGAAGUUCUCAUCCCUGCAGAGAAGAAUUAAAACCAUAUCAGGUAUGAUUAAACUGGAUGUGACCCCGGUCCAUGACAACCCAAUGGCAUGUCUCUCUGCUGAGCUGAUCCCAGUCAAACCAGUGGCUGAGAAGAACCUGAGACCUAUCAAAGAGGUGUUGGAGUUCCCUUCCAGUGAGGUCUAUGUUCCCCACAGCACUUACAGGAACCUGUUCUAUGUGUACCCCCAGCGGCUCAACUUUGUCAACAGGCUGACUUCAGCAAGGAACAUCACCAUUAAAAUCCAGUUUAUGAGUGGAGAAGACCCAAGCUGUGUGCUGCCUGUCAUUUUUGGAAAAUCAAAUGGUCCUGAGUUUGUGCAAGAAGUAUACACCCCAGUCACGUACCAUAACAAGUCCCCAGACUUCUAUGAGGAGGUGAAGAUAGCUCUGCCUGCCAGGCUGACUGAGAGACACCACCUUUUGUUUACCUUCUACCACAUCAGCUGUCAACAGAAACAGAACCAGACAGCCACCAGUGAGACAUUCAUAGGAUUCUCUUGGCUGCCUAUACUGAGUUGUGACAGAUUACAGACUGGUCAGUACUGCCUUCCCAUCGCCCUGGACAGACUGCCUGUCAACUACUCACUGCACUCUCCUGAGAAAAUUCCCCCUCAGGUCCCUCCAGUCAGGUGGAUGGAGAGCCACAAAGGAGUGUUCAACCUGGAGAUACAGGCUGUGUCCUCUGUACACACACAGGAUAACCACUUGGAGCGUUUCUUCACGUUGUGCCAUGCCCUGAAGGGCGGAGCGACGUUCCCACUCCGGGUUCGGGAAGAGAAGAUUCCGGAGAACAAGCUGGAGCACGAGCUGAAGCUGAGCAUCAUCUCCCUGCCCUCCUCCAGACUAGAACCUCUGGUCCUCUACCUCCACCUGGUCUUAGAUCAACUCUUCAUCCUCAUCAUGCAGCCCAUGGUCAUCGCUGGACAGAUAGCCAACCUAGCCCAGAUAGCUUUUGAGUCGGUGGUGUCCAUCGUCAACAGUCUCCACAACAGCCAGGAGCUGGCCAGGGACCAGCAGGGUAGGAACGGUCUCCUAGCAACAUACCUGUACUGGGUGUUCCGCCUGGCCGACUCUCCCCGGGAUCUCCUCAACACAGGUCCAGAUGGGGUGUUACCUCCCACUGAGGGCCGCUACAGUACUAUGGGGCGGGCCUCGGCCUCCACAGUAGGAGCCAUGUUACUGCAGUCUCGGCUCCGCAGCAGCAGCAACCCUGAUAUCCCUGCUCCACACAGUGCAGAGGACACAGAGGUCACAAACAUCCUGUCAGCUAAGGGCUACAACAACCCAGGCUGUCGCAUGUCCACCUAUGUGGAUUCGAGCAGCCACCCUCAGAGGUCUACAGGCGGGACCCGGCCCUCCAACAGAAAGCAGUUCCAUGAAGAGUUGGCUCUACAGAUGGUGGUCAGCACAGGAGUCUGCAGAGAGAAUGUAUACAAAUACGCCUGGUUCUUCUUUGAACUGCUGGUGAAGAGCAUGGCCCAGCAUGUGUCUCAGCUGGAGAAGCAGGACGCCCCUCGCAGGAGCCGCUUCUCAGACCGCUUCAAAGAUGACAUCGCCACCAUCGUCUCUGUGGUUACCGCCGAGAUAGGGACCAUCCUGGUCAAACAGCAGAAGGUUCCGAACAGUGAAAUGGAGCAGGCAGAGAAGGUCAACAUCAGCCUUGCCUUCUUCCUGUAUGACCUGCUGUCUCUCAUGGACCGAGGCUUCGUCUUCAUCCUGGUCAAAAACUACUGCAACCAGAUGUCGGCAAAGAGCAUUUCCAUGCCAACCAUGAUCGGUAUACGAUUGGAGUUCCUGCGUAUCCUGUGCAGUCAUGAGCACUACCUCAACCUCAGCCUUUACUUCAGUAGUCCCGCCUCCGCACCCGCCUCCCCAUGCCCAUCCAUCUCCUCACAGAGCUCCAGUUCAUGUAGUUUCCAGGAGCAGAGGAUCCUGGGCCUGUUUGAUCUGUCCCAGGAGUUUAAACAGCAGCACUACCUUACUGGUCUACUGCUCACCGAGCUCAGCGCUGCACUGGACAUGGAGUCAGAGGGGUCAGUAGACACACACAGGGGUAAGGUCCAGAUGAAGGCCAUCAAUGCCACCUACAGUCUGCUGUGUGCCCAUGACCUGGACCAGCGCUGUGCCCAGCCUGAGGUCAGGGCCAAGGUGGCCACUCUCUACCUCCCCCUGGUGGGCAUCAUCAUUGACUCCAUCAACUACCUGGACUUCACAGUGUCGGAGGCUCGCGGAGGGAAGAACAAGACGGGUGGAUCAGACGACGACCCCGACAACGUCACGCCCAUCAAUCAGUCUAUUGCCAUGGCGAUCGCCGGCAACCCCUUCAACACCUUGGCGAGGAAUGCCCUGCCUUCCAUGGCGUCUGUGUCUGGUAAGGCGGUGGCCACCUUGUCAGCAGAGACCAGUCGUAACCUGCUGCUGUGUUUCCUGUGGGUGAUGAAGAACGCUGAGAGGAGUCUGAUCCAGCGCUGGACUGUCGACAUGCCCUCAGCACAGCUCAACAGACUGCUAGAACUACUCACCAUCUGUGUUUCCUGCUUUGAGUACAGGGGGAAGCAGAGCAGUGAUAAGGUGAGCACCCAGGCCUUACAGAAGUCCCAGCAGGCCAAGAUGCAGCUGGAGGACUCCCUACUGAGGGGCAUCGGAGCACGGGGGGAAAUGAUGCGCCGGGUUGGAGGAAGUGACCGCGCAGGUCAGAGAGAGAACCUACGCUGGAGGAAAGACCUGACGCAGUGGAGGCAGACCAACGACAGACAAGACAAAACGAAAGCAGAGCUGGACCAGGAGGCUCUAAUCAGUGGGAAUCUGGCUACUGAGUCCAACCUCAUUGUCCUGGACCUACUGGAGACCAUAGUACAGGCUGUUCCGUUGGCUGACUGUAAGGACAGUGUAGUGGGCGGAGUACUGAGGGUGUUGCUACACUGUCUCACCUGUAACCAGAGUACAACCUUCCUGUCUCACUGCUUCAGCACGCUUCGAGCGCUCAUCGUCAAGUUUGGUGACCUGUUGUUUGAAGAGGAAGCCGAGCAGUGUGCCGACCUGUGUCAGAAGGUGCUCCAGUACUGUAGCAGUCAUGAGGGUGGAAACAGAAGCCAGGCCUGCGCUACCCUAUACCUCAUCAUGAGAUGCAGCUUCAGCUCGGCCAACAACUUCUCCCGGGUGAAGAUGCAGGUGACCAUGUCUCUAGCCUCUCUGGUGGGGAAGUCCGAUGACUUCCAUGAGGAGUACCUCCGCAGGUCCCUCCGCACCAUACUGGCCUAUGCCGAGGAGGACACAGAGAUGCAGAACACACCUCUACCCUCGCAGGUGGAUGAGCUGCUGAGGAACCUGAACAGUAUCCUGUCAGACACGGUGAAGAUGAGAGAGUUCCAAGAAGACCCAGAGAUGCUCAUGGACCUCAUGUAUAGGAUAGCAAAGGGUUACCAGACGUCGCCCGACCUGAGGUUGACCUGGCUGCAGAACAUGGCGGAGAAACACAAGAACAGGAAGUGUUUUACAGAGUCGGCCAUGUGUCUGGUCCACGCCGCGGCCCUGGUGGCUGAAUACCUCAGCAUGCUGGAGGACCACAAAUACCUACCUGUGGGCAGUGUCACCUUUCAGAACAUCUCUCCCAACGUGCUGGAGGAGUCGGCAGUGUCCGAUGACGUCCUGUCCCCAGACGAAGACGGAGUCUGCUCAGGGAGAUACUUCACCACCGGUGGGCUGGUGGUCCUACUGGAGCAGGCAGCAGAACUCUUCAGCCAGGGUGGUCUUUAUGAGGCAGUGAACGAGGUGUACAAGAUCGUUAUGCCUAUCCUGGAGGCUCACAGAGAUUUCCGGGAGCUGGGCUCCGCUCACCACAAACUCCAGAGAGCCUUCGACAACAUCAUUCAGAAGGGCCAUAAGAGGAUGUUUGGGACAUAUUUCCGAGUGGGGUUUUAUGGGGCCAAGUUUGGAGACCUGGACGAACGAGAGUUUGUUUACAAGGAGCCAGGGAUCACCCACCUGCCAGAGAUAUCCCACAGACUGGAGAACUUCUACAGUCAGUGUUUUGGAGAUGCCCUGGAGAUGAUCAAAGACUCCAAAGACAUAGACAGGAGCAAACUGGAUGCUAACAAGGCCUACAUCCAGAUCACCUAUGUGGAGCCCUUCUUUGACGAUUAUGAGAUGAAAAACCGCCUGACCAACUUUGAGAAGAACUUCAACCUGCGUCGCUUCAUGUACACCACGCCCUUCACCAAGGCCGGGCGGCGCGGCGAGCUCAACGAGCAGUACAAGAGGAAGACCAUCCUCACCACCAUGCACGCCUUUCCCUACGUCAAGACACGCAUCAACGUCAUCCAGAAAGAAGAGUUUGACCUGACUCCCAUUGAGGUGGCCAUCGAGGACAUGCAGAAGAAGACCAGGGAGCUAGCAGUAGCCACACACAGGGAGCAGCCCGAUGCGAAGAUGCUCCAGAUGCUUCUACAGGGCUCUGUUGGAGCCACUGUCAACCAGGGACCAUUGGAGGUGGCCCAGGUCUUUCUGAAUGAGAUCCCAGCGGACCCCAAGCUCUUCCGUCACCACAACAAACUGCGCCUGUGUUUCAAAGAGUUCAUAAUGAGGUGUGGCGAGGCUGUGGAGAAGAACAAGCACCUGAUCACGAUGGACCAGAAGGAGUACCAGCAGGAGCUGAAGAAGAACUACAACCGUCUGAGAGAGAACCUGCGGCCCAUGCUGGAGAGGAAGAUACCCGAGCUCUACAAACCCAUCAUCAAACUACGCUUGGAGAAUAGAGAUUCCAUCAAACGGCUCAGUUUCCGCAGAACCCCGGAGGAAAACUCCUGAGAAGGACAGAUUUAUCUAUCUGAGAGAAUCUCCAGAGGCCGGAGAAGUAAGGAUGUUGUAAAAGUAGAAAAGGAGGUGAAGAGGAGAAGGGAGCUAUCAGUCCUCAUUCACCAUGGAAGAGCAGUACACACAUGAUUACACAAUGGAGGACUUACAAUCAUGUCUGAAUCAACACAACAUUGCAAUACAUUGUCAUUGCUUGUUGUUUAUUUUUUUAUUUUUUUUACAAGAAGCACAAAUACAUUGUGUGAGACCAUAAUGAGCACAUUACGUAGCAGGUAAUGUGCAAUAUUGAGCAAAUUUGGCAUUUAUCCGUUUUUUUACAUUGCUAGUUCUCCUGAGUUCUAUGAUUACUGUGAGUCCUAACGAUUCUGCAAACUGCUGUGGGUAUGAGAAAGAAGGGUAAAAGUCCCACAUUAUAGUCCUUGCAGGGCCAGGGACUGUGUGUGUGUGUGUGUGUGUGUGUAUGUGCGUGCCCGUGCACCACAAUACAAGGGAACAUGUUUUCUUUUUGUAAGUGUCCUGAUAAGGAAUGCAUGAAAUCUGACUCAUACUAAAUGACUGACGAUAAAUCACUCUGUUCUCUGCAAAAGUCCUCCUUGGACUUGCACUUGUAUGUGUGCAACUCUAUAGACUCUCACACUGUAAAAAUAGAACUCUCCAGUUAACUCGUAAUGCUAUAUUUGAUAUAUACUUAGUGUACAAAACAUGAAUAUUGAGAUGCACCCCAUUUUGCCCUCAGAACAUCCUGAGGGCAAAAUUCGUCGGGGCAUGGCUAGAAGGUGUCGAAAGCCUUUCGCAGGGAUGCUGGCCCAUGUUGACCACAAUGAUUCCCACAGUUGUGUCAAGUUGGCUGGAUGUCCUUUGGAUGGUGGACCGUUCUUUAUACACACGGGAAACUGUUGAGCGUGAAACACCCUGCAGCGUUGCAGUUCUUGGCGCACAAAUGUUCAAAGGCAUUUAAAAAAUGUGUCUUGACCAUUCACCCUCUGAAUGGCACACAUACACAAUCAUGUACACUGAUUGAAGUGGAUUUAAUAAGUGACAUCCAUAAGGGAUCAUAGACUGAUAAAUUACAUCCAGGUAAAAGCUAUGUCAUGGACAGAGUUCCAAGUGUUUUGUACACAUUCAGUAUAUAUAUAUAUACAGUGCCAGUCAAAGGUUUGGACAUGCCAAUUCAUUCAAGGGUUUUUCCUUUUUUUUUUUUUUUUUUUUACUAUUUUCUACAUUGUAGAAUAAUAGUGAAGACAUCAAAACUAUGAAAUAACACAUAUGGAAUCAUGUAGAAACCAAAAAGUGUUAAACAAAUCAAAAUAUAUUUUAGAUUCUUCCAAUUAGCCACCCUGAUGACAGCUUUGCACACUUUUGGCAUUCUCUCAACCAGCUUCACCUGGUAUGCUUUUCCAAAAGUUUUGAAGGAGUUCCCACAUAUGCUUAGCACCUGUUGGCUGCUUUUCCUUCACUCUGUGGUCCAACUCAUCCCAAUCCAUCUCAAAUGAGUUGAGGUUGGGUAAUUGUGGAGGCCAGGUUAUCUGGUGCAGUACUCCAUCACUCUCCUUCUUGGUCAAAUAGCCCUUACACAGCCUGGAGGUGUAUUGGGUCAUUGUCCUGUUGAAUAACAAAUGAUAGUCCCACGAAGCGCAAAACAGAUGGUAUGGCGUAUCGCUGCAGAAUCACAGACAGUGUCAUCAGCAAAGCACCAUCACACCACCUCCUCCAUGCUUCACAUGGGAACCACACAUGCGGAGAACAUCCGUUCACCUACUUACAAAGACACGGCAGUUGGAACCAAAAAUCUCAAAUUUGGACUCAUCAGACCAAAGGACAAAUUUUCACCGGUCUAAUGUUGCUUGUGUUUCUUGGCCCAAGCAAGUCUCUUCUUCUUAUUGGUGUCCUUUAGUAGUGGUUUCUUUGCAGCAAUUUGACCAUGAAGGCCUGAUCCACGCAGUCUCCUCUGUGCAAUUAAUGUUGAGAUGCGUCUGUUACUUGAACUCUAUAAAGCGUUUAUUUGGGCUGCAAUUUCUGAGGUGCAGUUAACUCUAAUGAACUUAUCCUCUGCAGCACAGGGACUCUGGGUCUUGCUUUCCUGUGGGGGUCCUCAUGAGAGCCAGUUUCAUCAUAGCACUUGAUGGUUUUUGCGACUGCACUUGAAGAAACUUUCAAAAUUCUUGAAAUGUUCCAGAUGUCUUAGUAAUGAUGGACUGUCAUUUCUAUUUGCUUAUUUGAGCUGUUCUUGCGAUAAUAUAUGGACUUGGUCUUUUACUAAAUAGGGGUAUCUUCUGUAUACCACCCCUACCUUGUCACAACACAACUGAUUGGCUCAAAUGCAUUAAGAAGGAAAGAAAUUCUACAAUUAACCUUUAACAAGGCACACCUGUUAAUUUAAAUGCAUUCCAGGUGACUACCUCCUGAAGCUGGUUGAGAGAAUGCCAAGAGUGUGCAAAGCUGUCAUCAAGGCAAAGGAUGGCUGCUUUGAAGAAUAUCAAAUCUUUUUUUGGUUACUACAUGAUUCCAUAUGUGGUAUUUCAUAGUUUUUGAUGUCUUCGCUAUUAUUCUACAAUGUAGAAGAUAGUAAAAAUAAAGAAAAACCCUGGAAUGAGUAGGUGUGUCCAAACUUUUGACUGGUACUAUAUACAGUUGAAGUCGGAAGUUUACAUACACUUAGAUUGGAGUCAUUAAAACUUGUUUUUCAACAACUACAAAUUUCUUGUAAACAAACUAUAGUUUUGGCAAGCCGGUGAGGACAUCUACUUUGUGCAUGACACAAGUAAUUUUUCCAACAAUUGUUUACAGACAGAUUUUUUCACUUUCCAGUGGGUCAGAAUUUUACGUACACUAAGUUGACUGUGCCUUUUAAACAGUUUGGAAAAUUCCAGAAAAUUAUGUCAUGGUUUUAGAAACUUCUGACAGACAUAAUUUGAGUCAAUUGGAUGUAUUUCAAGGUCUACCUUUUAAACUCAGUGUCUCUUUUCUUGACAUCAUGGAAAAUCUAAAGAAAUCAGCCAAGACCUCAGAAAAAAAAUUGUAGACCUCCACAAGUCUGGUUCAUCCUUGGGAGCAAUUUCCAAAUGCCUGAAGGUACCACAUUCAUCUGUACAAACAAUAGUACGCAAGUAUAAACACCAUGAGACCACGCAGCCAUCAUACUGCUCAGGAAGAUGAACAUACUUUGGUGCGAAAAGUGCAAAUCAAUCCCAGAACAACAGCAAAGGACCUUGUGAAUAUGCUGGAGGAAACCGGUACAACAACAUGUGUAUCCACAGUAAAAUGAGUCCUAUAUGGACAUAACCUGAAAGGCCGCUCAGCAAGGAAGAAGCCACUGCUCCAAAAUAGCCAUACAAAUGCCAGACUAUGGUUUGCAACUGCACAUGUGGACAAAGAUUGUACUUUUUGGAGAAAUGUCCUCUGGUCUGAUGAAACAAAAACAGAACUAUUUGGCCAUAAUGUCCAUUGUUAUGUUUGGAGGAAAAAGCAAGCCGAAGAACACCAUCCCAAUCGUGGCAGACUGAUGCACUUCAUAAAAUAGAUGGCAUCAUGAGGAUGGAAAAUGAUGUGGAUAUAUUGAAGCAACAUCUCAAGGCAUCAGACAGGAAGUUAAAGCUUGGUUGCAAAUGGGUCUUCCAAAUGGACAAUGACCCCAAGCAUACUUGCAAAGUUGUGUCAAAAUGGCUUAAUUAAGGACAACAAGUCAAUAAUAGAAAAUGUGUGGGCGGAACUGAAAAAGCGUGUGUGAGCAAGGAGACCUUCAAACCUGACUUACACCAGCUCUGUCAGGAGGAAUGGGCCAAAAUUCCCCCAACUUAUUGUGGGAAGCUUGUGGAAGGCUACCCAAAACGUUUGACCCAAGUUUAAUCAUUUAAAGGCAAUGCUACCAAAUGGUAAUUGAGUGUAUGUAAACUUCUGACCCACUGGGAAUGUGAUGAAAGAAAUAAAAGCAGAAGUAAAUAAUUUUCUCUUACUCUGACAUCUCACAUUCUUAAAAUAAUGUGUCGAUCCUAACUGACCUAAGAUUGGAAUUUUUACUAUAAUUAAAUGUCAGGAAUUGUGAAACACCUUAGCCAAAUACAUUUAAACUCAGUUUAUGUAAACCUCCAACUUCAACUGUGUAUGUGUGUGUAUAUAUAAUUUUUUGUUAGCCUAUUAUGUCUAUGUAGAUACUAACAAAGAUUAAUUUAUUAUGAGUUCACAAAUGCAUCAAGGCACAUACAUCAUAACUGAUGCCAUCACCAACCAAACCUAAAUGGCAAAUCUGUAUGUACACAGAGACUGAAAUGCUAUUUAGACGACACAUCAGAGAAUGCAAAUACAAAUGUUUACAGUUAUGAUACUUUUUAUUUUAUUUUCUUCAUGAAAAUAUAUAUUUGAGAUAAGAUACAGUAUCAUCACUUUAGCUGGCAAUAACAAUAUUGAAACAAUGUUGUUUACCAUGACUAAAUGUGACAAAGCCAAUGCACAUAUCAAGUUUGUUUUUGUUGUUGAAAAAAAUGGUAUUAGGUGCCAAAAUAAAGACAUCCUACAAUCUAUGUUUACCAACAAGACAGGUUUCAAGUAUUUGCCCAGGCUCUUAAUCUUGUUUGUUAAUGUUGAUGUCAUGUUGUAGAAUGUCAUGUAUACCAAUAGAGAAACCAUUUGUAAUACUACUGGGAAAACGCAAUAAUCUGAUUAGAAAUACUUAUGGACAAAGAGACAUAUAUUAAUAUAUGGCUCUGCAUAUGGGUAUUCAUUCACAUUAUAUUCUGUGUUCUGUUACAAUGUAGCUGCAUAAUAGUACAGUAAGUGAGUAUAGGACAUACUGUAGGUAGUGGCCUACCAAUAAACACUGGAUUCCUUGUUUUUCAUUUUGUGGUAUUUUGAAUCUGUUGUUCAUCAGUGCUUUAUUGAAAAUGUUGGAUUUGAAUGAAUUAUAAAGCACACAUAUCAAUGCCA